UAUAAAAAUAGUUUUUCAUUCUGUGGUGGCAACAGUACCGUAAAGUGUAUAAUAUUAACAAAAAAUUAGCAAUAAAAGUGGUUUCAGUUGAAAUUGAUAAAUAUUAAUGACCUUCUUACAAAGGUUUUUCAACAUAAUGUCCAAGACUUUAAUUUUACAUUAAUGAGCGACACUAGUAGUGAUUCAGAGGCGUCAGCAACCGAGCAUACAGCACUCAUGGAUGGCCACAUAGCUGAAGCCCGACCUGACAAGGAGAUAGCUGAACGCAUUGCAAGGAAAAGAAAAACCAAGACUGAAAGCCAGCGAAACUAUGGUAGUGUGGAGCCAAGAGAAGGGGGUGGGUCAGGUGACCAUAGGAACCCAGGGCCUAGUAACAAUAACCCAGGAGUGCAGGCGGAGUCACAGGUUGAAGAAUUGGAACUGAAGUAUGGUGCUCGGCAUGUCAUCAAGCUGUUUGUUCCAGUGACUCUCUGUAUGCUUGUUGUAGUUGCGACAAUAUCUUCAAUCAACUUCUAUUCUGUCAAAGAUGUUUACUUAGCUUAUACACCGUUUCAUGAAGAGAGUCCAUAUGCAGUGACAAAAGUAUGGAAUGCUUUAGCAAACUCAAUGAUCCUGCUUAGUGUGAUAGCUCUUAUGACUGUUUUGCUCAUUGUUUUAUAUAAGAAAAGAUGUUACAAGAUAAUUCACGGCUGGCUCAUUCUAUCCUCUCUAAUGUUGCUGUUUUUGUUCUCAUAUUUGUAUAUGGAGGAGGCAUUACGAGCCUAUAACAUACCAAUGGAUUUUAUAACUUUAGUUUUCGUAAUGUGGAACUUUGGAGUGAUGGGUAUGAUAGUGAUCCACUGGAAGGGACCGCUGAGGCUUCAACAAGCUUAUCUCAUAUUCAUAGCAGCUUUAAUGGCUCUUGUUUUCAUCAAAUACCUACCAGAAUGGACAACAUGGGCUGUCUUAGCUGUUAUUUCUAUUUGGGAUCUUGUAGCCGUAUUAACUCCAAAGGGUCCAUUAAGGAUAUUGGUUGAAACUGCUCAAGAAAGAAAUGAACCAAUAUUUCCAGCACUUAUUUAUUCAUCUACAGUGAUGUACUGCCUGGCGGCGCCGGUGGGGUCUGGCGGUGCGGCGGGGGGCGCGGGGGGUGCCAGCAGCGAGCCAGGUGAGCAGCGCGAGCUGCGCCCCCUGCACCCGCACGGUCGGUCGCCUGAACUUGAAGACGAGAAGGGCGUGAAACUCGGUCUGGGCGACUUCAUUUUCUACAGCGUGCUGGUCGGCAAGGCGAGCUCGUACGGCGACUGGAAUACUACUCUUGCCUGUUUUGUAGCUAUACUUAUUGGUCUAUGUCUAACGUUACUACUGCUGGCUAUAUUCAAGAAGGCUCUGCCAGCGCUGCCUAUAUCAAUAACCUUUGGACUUAUAUUUUAUUUCGCGACUCGCGGCGUCGUCAAACCGUUCGCGGACGCGCUCGCAGCUGAACAAGUAUUCAUUUAGCUACAAAGGAACACAAUAACGAAAAAACUAGCAUUUUGGUGAAAACUUGGAAACUGACAAUUUCACUUACAGGUUUUUAUUAUUGAAAUUAUGUUUAAUGAUUGUUAAAGGAACACUUACCGAGUUCGCUAGGCUAGUUAAAUCGAGUAAUGAGUCGUAGGUAAAAUAUUCUACUGCACAAAAGUUGUCCACACUGUAACAGUUCAGUACACUUUUUGUUUAUUAACACCCUCAGCACCAAACCCUAAAAAAA